AUGCAGCAUCCUUUUGCCCUGCUGGUGCUGCUGCAUAUGCAGGUUUGCCUGCUGUUGAAGGACUGCGAGUGGAAAGUUGUGCUCAACGAUUUUGACAAUCUAGGUGGGGACCAAGCUGUGUUUUUUAGGCAGCGCCCAGUCACUAGCAUAGCGUCUGUGCUCCAGAAUCUGACAGACUCGGCCAUAGACCUGAAUGAUAAAAAUUCGCACUACCUGGGCUUCCCGUACUACUUGAAAAUCAGUCUAACCUGCAUCACUCAGGACGCGGCGAAGGUCAUUCGCAAUGCUCACCUGACCGGGCUGAGGCCCAUUGUGACCAUAACGUUUGAAGCGCCGGUCAAUACAGAGCAUCAGAAACCCGAGCAGCUGCAGAUUGAGAUGAAAGGCGCCCCUUACCGGCUCCAGGGGCCUUGUGCCAGCGAAGAGGUUUGCCGGAUGUGUUGGUACACGCCCAUGCCAAUGAAGAAGAGGAGCGUGGUGAUGGAGGUCCUGGUGGAGAGCAAUGGCCUGGGCUUUGAGGUGGACAGCAAGAGAUUUUUUAUGAAUAUUAACGGCUACAUGAAGGAAACUGAGACCGGUUUACAGUCUUCCCUAGGAGAGAAGGUUACAUCACUGGUGGAGAUGAUGUCACUUUACAGCCCCUCCCGUCCCAUUUGGUCCACCUUCAAUCAAGCCCCCGUGCUGAUCCUCGGGGGAUUCAAGGCUUACAAAAUCAUCCUGGUUUCAGACUCGGAGUUUGCGGAUUUCACUGCAGUGGAGGUGGGGAUCGACAGCUGCUGGAUCGGGUCCCUGAACUGCCCCCUGAACGUAUUCUCCUCCUCCAUUGUCGAUGCCAUUGCUACAGAAAGCGUGCUCAUCCUCCGCCAGAACCAGCUGGUCUAUUACUUCACUGGGAACUAUUCGGUCCUUUCUCUUCGUGUGCCGGGAUCCAGCCUCUGGACCCGUGUGCUGAACAACAUCUGCGUGUCACGGUUAAACCCUGUGCACUUCCCCCACAACGGCUCCGAGUACGUGAUUGCUCUUGGAGCGGGCGUGCAAGAAGGGGAAUUCUUCCUUGGCACCAUUCGCGAUGGAGUCGUUCAGUUUCCCGAAUCACACGCCAGGGGGAGGAAGACAGUGUGCGAACAUUUGAAGAUUUCUUGCACGAUCCUCUGGGCUGUCUACAUCACGGAAGAGGAGGUGAUUGUGCUGCUGGUGGAAGGGAAGAAAAAGAACAGCGAGUCCGAUUACUACCUCAUGGCCUACGAUCAAGUCGAUGCAGCUUUCUGGAUGUUGUACUCCAUACCUCGCUUCAUACCCAAAGACACUGACAAAGGGUUUGUGAUGUUGCUGGGACUGGAAGAAUACACGGAUUCCCCACUGAUCCCAAGGGGGCUGUCCUAUAACCCAUUCAGCACAAUCUUCUACAUCUGGGGCAAUGUUAUUUUACAAAGCUACGACCUGGUUAAUUACAUUCACCUCUCCGGCUUCCCCCAACAAUCCCCCAUCAGCUACUUCAUUCUGUCGUAUGUAGGGGAAUUCGUGUGUGUGACAGACUCGGAGGAGAUCUGGUUUUCUGUGGAAGGCAGCUCGGUCGUCAUUCGGCUCUACCCCUCCGAAGCCUGGGACACGUACUUCAGGCUACAGCUAAUGAGAGGGUCAAAGGACUUUAGCUUCAACGAGACGUUUGUGAGCCUCUUCUUUAACAAGGAGGGGCUGCAGCAGCUGGUUUACAUACCCGAUGGACAGGGGGAGGGAAAACUGAUCAAGAGGAACUUCCCUCUCCAUUAUAUAUUGUCGUACCGGCACCUCAUCGUCCAUCAGUACCAUUUGAUGUAUUUACAAGAUGCUCAGUACAUCAGGUUCUUCCAUCCCUGCUCCUUCUCGGUCAUGCGCCUCGAGGACCUCCCAGCCCCUCAGCGCUUCACCCGGAUGGAGCACUAUUCCACCGAGCCACCGGAUGUCAUGGACAAAACAGGCUUCCACAACAACGUGUCUCUGGCUGUAUACCAGGGCCUGAUCUUCCAGCUGCUCUGGCUGCACGCGGACUAUAGCAGGCCUUAUGCUGACCCGGUCCAUGACCCAACUUGGCGGUGGUGGAAAAACAGAAAGCAAUACGCAGAGUAUUUCUUUUACGUAGCGAGCAACGGCAACUCCUCCGGAGGUGUCUACGUCAACAUGGAGAGCUACGUGAAGAUCUAUGACCUGCAGCCCAAUAACCAGCUGCCCAGCAAGAUUUACCUGGACAAGAAUAACGUCUAUUCUUUCUCAGUGUUCCUGAGUGUCAGGUCGACUACAGAAAGCAUGGGGGAAAUGCCGGAAGAGAACUCCCUUGAUUUUGUGUGGCUCACCGUCGUCUUAGCGCAUCCGAAGUUUGUGGUUUCACACCUCCACCGGCACUAUCUGAUCGGCCGGGGCUCCGUGCUGUAUACGGUGACCAUCAGUGACACUGGACGGUACCCGAAACAAGAGCUGAGUGGGACGAACCUUCUGAAGAGUUCAAUGGCUUUAAAGGUUAUAAAUGCGGCAACAAAUUGUUACCACUACACAGCGUCCGGCCCAAAACUCCAGGGCUAUGCCAUGGUGCCAAUCUUUAUUGGCUGCCCUCCGGGCAAGAGGCUGGCCUUUGACAUCACCAGGACCCUGAAGUACACCACCAAACAGAACAAGCGGUACUUCGACUGCAUCCACAAGAACCCAGAUUUGCCAUGUUUCUUCUUUAACGAUGUAUUUUAUCCCUUCUUCUUGAUCCAAGACAUGGUGACGGGGGACUCGGGACCUUUCCUGGGCAGCUACAUGCUGAGGAUCGUUGGCGGAGGGCCGUACUCGGAGAGCAGGAUCCGCGUCUACAGCCCGAGCGAAAUCCUCGACUAUAACACGGCAAACGGCAGCACACCGCUGAGUCUGAUCUGGAUGAGGGCUAAUCGCACAAAACCUGCCCUUACCGAUCCCGAAGGCUUCAAUAUCUUCUCCGGAACCGACUGUGGGAUCAAGUGGGUCUGUGAGCAGAACUCCCCCUGUUACGAUGUGGUUCCCUUAGACCUGACAGCUCCGGAUUACUUCUUUUUGGUGGAGGUGUCUAACAGGGCCGUGGACAAGAGCACCUACUGUGACUACGACCUGGACUUUGUGAUCCACAUUCACGGCCUGCGGCUCAGCCCCUCCCGGGCAAUCACCUUCAUGAAGAUCUCCAUGGCCGUUCUCACCGGCAUUGUCGUCUUGUACGUCCUCCACCAAGUCCUGGGGCCCGUGAUCUGGGCCGGCUUCACCCGACUGAUCCAAAGAUUUGAAGAGGCCCUAGCUAUUCGGACAGAGUCCAGCAUCACCUUCACCUCUUACUCCAGCCAAAGCCAGGGGAACUCCCACCACACGCCCCCCUUGUAG